GUCCCGGGGCAGCGUACUCUCGAAGCCGGCUACCCAGUGGAGUCUGGCCUGGCCAGCAGGCUCCAUGGCGGCGCCACUAGUGUCCCGGUUGCUGCGGCGGGUCCUCAGCUCCAGAGUCCGGAGCUGCAGCUCGGGGGCUCCGGUGACGCAGCCACGCCCUGGGGAGCCCUCCCAACCUGCCGUGGAGGAGCCAUCCAGGCGGAGGCAGUUCCUGAGGGAGCAUGCAGCCCCCUUCUCUGCCUUCCUCACCGACAGCUUCGGCCGGCGACACAUCUACCUGCGCAUCUCCCUCACCGAGAAGUGCAACCUUAGAUGUCAAUACUGCAUGCCCGAGGAAGGUGUCCCACUGACCCCCAAGGCUGACCUGCUGACCACUGAGGAGAUCCUGACCCUCGCACGGCUCUUUGUGAAGGAAGGCGUAGAUAAGAUCCGGCUCACGGGUGGAGAGCCGCUCAUCCGGCCAGAUGUGGUGAACAUCGUGGCCCAUCUCCUGGCCUCAGCAAGAACAAGCAGCCUGAUACCCCUUCCUGUUGUCUCUCCAGCCCAGCUCCGCCAACUGGAGGGGCUGAGGACCAUUGGCAUCACCACCAACGGCAUCAACCUGGCCCGGCUGCUGCCUCAGCUUCAGAAGGCUGGUCUCAGUGCCAUCAACAUCAGCCUGGACACACUGGUGCCUGCCAAGUUUGAGUUCAUCGUCCGCAGGAAAGGCUUCCACAAGGUCAUGGAGGGCAUCCACAAGGCCAUCGAGCUGGGCUACAGCCCUGUGAAGGUGAACUGUGUGGUGAUGCGAGGCCUGAAUGAGGACGAACUCCUGGACUUCGUGGCCUUGACCAAAGGACUCCCUCUGGACGUGCGCUUCAUAGAGUACAUGCCCUUUGAUGGCAACAAGUGGAACUUCAAGAAGAUGGUCAGCUACAAGGAGAUGCUGGAUACCCUCCGGCAGCGGUGGCCGGAGCUGGAGAAGCUGCCCGAGGAGGAAUCCAGCACAGCCAAGGCCUUUAAGAUCCCUGGCUUCCAAGGCCAGGUCAGCUUCAUCACAUCCAUGUCGGAGCAUUUCUGUGGGACCUGCAACCGGUUGCGAAUCACGGCCGAUGGGAACCUCAAGGUCUGCCUCUUUGGAAACUCGGAAGUAUCCCUGCGUGAUCACCUGCGGGCGGGGGCCUCUGAGGAAGAGCUGCUGAGCAUCAUCGGGGCUGCCGUGGGCAGGAAGAAGCGGCAGCACGCAGGCAUGUUCAACAUUUCCCAGAUGAAGAACCGGCCCAUGAUCCUCAUCGAGUUAUUUUUGACGCUCCAGGAUUCCCCACCAGCCGUUCUGAGCAUCUCCUUCAGGGAUUCCCUCCAUGUUCAGGGUCUGAGACACAGAGUGAGUCGCUCCCACCAGAUGGUGACUUUGUGGGAAGGAGGCGGGGUCCCACAGACCCCUCUCCUGGCCCAGUGGUGGCUGGGAGCUGGCCUCCCUCAGAGACACUACAGUUCCCACCCAGACUCAGAUGCCAACCCAAAGUGCCUUAGCCCAGAGCCCCAGGCUCCUGCCACACCCUCAGGACCUCUGCCAGCCUCAGGCCAACUAACCCAUGUAGACACAGAAGGACGGGCGGCUAUGGUGGAUGUAGGCGGGAAGCCAGACACAGAGCGUGUGGCUGUGGCCUCAGCUGUAGUCCUCCUUGGGCCUGUGGCCUUCAGGCUCGUCCAGGAGAACCAGCUCAAGAAGGGGGAUGCCCUGGUGGUAGCCCAGCUGGCUGGCGUCCAGGCGGCCAAGCUGACCAGCCAGCUGAUUCCUCUGUGCCACCACGUGGCCCUGAGCCACGUCCAGGUGCGGCUGGAGCUGGACAGUGCACGCCAGGCCGUGGUGAUCGAGGCAUCUUGCCGGGCUCGGGGCCCCACUGGGGUGGAGAUGGAGGCCCUGACCUCAGCUGCCGUGGCUGCCCUCACCCUGUACGACAUGUGCAAGGCCGUCAGCAGGGACAUAGUGUUGGAGGAGAUCAAGCUCAUUAGCAAGACUGGGGGUCAGCGGGGGGACUUCCGUAGGACUUAGAGCUCCUGGCCCAGCGAAGUCAAGAGAUGGGAUGCAAUUUCAGCCAAGGGAAAGAAAUGUCAAGUUCCUUUUAACCCCGUCACUGGUUACCUUCAACCGGUAGGAACUCAAGGUCAGCCUACCCCUCUACUGCUAGCUGACCUCCACUGACCUUUUUAUUCAGAGAGGAAACUAGCAGGCCCUUCUGCCUUCCUGGACCCUGAGGUCAUGGGAGGGGUCCGCAGCGAGCAAGGCUGGGUGACGGGAAAUCCCAUUGGGUGAUUAGUGGACUCUGAGACACUCACUUUCAGAAGGUCGAGCCUGUGACUUCCACUUCUUGCUUGGGUUUUCUCUUCUCCUACUUCCUGGGAGAGUAAGGGCUCUCUAAGCAGAGGAAGCCACCCUGAGGAGCACAACUGGCACUGAAACUGGAGCACGGCCUCUGAGCAGCAACGCCCUUUCCCUGCCUCUCCACCAACCUCCUUUGAAAGAGCUGGUUCUCCCUUCUUAUUGCCUGAGUCUGUGUCCCGUCAGACAUGCGGGCUUUUGGUUUAACAGUCACACCAUCCUGCCACCUCCUUUCUCUCCGCAACCCCAACCGCCCCACCCCCAUCUUAAGCAGAAUCCAUUCACGUGGGCCACAGCCCUGAGGCCUCCUGACCAAGCGCACACCCCCACCUGCCCUGUGCACUGCCACCCUCCCACCCACCACCCACACCCCUUCAUCCUGACACAUCAGGGAAGGAAGAGCACUGAAGAUGGCCUUCACCCUCCGCGCACAAAAUAAAGCCACGAUGCCAACUUUGGA